UGUUCGCGAAGCCGCAAGAAUGUUCCCUAACUUCAACAACGUUUACGUAAACUACACGGAGACGCAGCUCGCGCAAUUGUUCGUCAACACCACUGCCUGCGUGUUAGCGAAAACCCGUUGUUCCUACAUGAACCCGGUAACCGGCGAGCUUCAGGAUGAUGACAUCGCCAACAAGCUGCACCUACCGUCAUUCAACGCCAUCCUCGUCAACACCGACUACGACAUCAACAUCGUGCAGCUGCCGUUCCGUUACGGCAGCGCCGACGUGUGCACAAAAUACAGAAACGUCCGGCAAGCGACUUGGCCCAGUGUCGUGUGUUAAUUUACAAACAGAUAUUAUCGCGCCAAGAGAGCCGGGCGGUAUCCUCGGCGAGUUAAAUGACGCACGGGAUGGUUUUACCAAGCAGCCGUUGCGGAAUGAAAUUACCGUGCCGCUUGUUGUUCGCGGUAAAGAUUUGUUUCCGUUGGCGCCAACAUUUCGAUCAUUUGUACCGUUUCGUUUCGCCGCUAUUAAUACGAGCGCUCGGCAGUUACGUGCCAAGAAAAUAUUUACACUAGAAAGACAAAGCUUUGUGUCUCUUCUUAAGAGAAUUCUUCAAGAAAUCUCCAAAAAAGAAUUGAUUCUUAAAAAAUUUCACUUUUCUAUCGCAAUAUUAAUAGAA